AUGCUUCCACUGGCCCCACAAGAUCUCUUCCCGGAAACUCGAAUUGAGUAUCGGGAAUUCUUGCAGUUGCCACCUCUUGACGUCGUCCUGCGACUCACCCUGCACAAAAAAAGUUCCGAUGUUUCAAACAAGAGCACAAAGAACCAGUCUCCUGAUUCAAGAAUUACAUCGUUGCACAGAAAACUCCACAUACGGAAGAAUCAUGAAGUUUGGAGCCUGCUCGACCCAAUAUUCCUCUCCACGGCGCUGGGAAGACUGUUUCCAGCAGUCACCUACUCGGUCUCCAGACUCUCCGAGAUCAUAUCCCCGAUCAAGACUGUCAGGCUGAGCAGGGACCGCACCACGGACGCCUCCAUGAUCAAGAGGCUUCUGGAAGAGGGAGACCUUGCAAUAUGCCCCGAGGGCACCACCUGCCGAGAACCAUUCCUCUUGCGCUUCUCAGCCCCAUUCACAGAACUGACUGACCAGCUCGUGCCGGUGGCUAUGGCGAACCAGAUGAGCAUGUUCCGCGGAAUGACUUCCCGAGGUUGGAAAGGGAUGGACCCAUUCUACUUCUUCAUGAACCCUAGCCCGGCCUACGAGGUGACUUUCCUGAACAAGCUACCUCCGCAGCUGACCUGCAGCUCCGGGAAGUCGAGCCAAGAGGCGGCGAACUACAUACAGAGGCUAAUAGCUGCGACGCUUUCCUACGAGUGCACUAGCUUCACCCAGAAGGACAAAUAUAGAGCUCUGGCAGGGAACGAUGGGACGUUCACCGAAAAACUGAAGCUCCAGGCUAACAAAGUGAUGGGGUGCUAA